UCAUGAGUUCUUAUUUGGAGCCUUGGCAGAGAUGGUGGAUAAUGCCAGAGAUGCUGGAUCCACAUGCUUGAAUAUUUAUACAAUACCAUGUGAGAAUGUUCGAGGUGGAUUCUUGCUUUGUUUUCUGGAUAACGGUAUUGGAAUGGAUCCAGUGGAAGCAACAACUGUGAUAACAUUUGGAAAGUCUUUAAAACGAGGAGUUGAAUCAAUGAUUGGCCAGUAUGGAAAUGGGUUGAAAUCUGGCUCUAUGAGGAUAGGAAAUGACAUGAUUUUAUUCACAAAGAAAGAUUCAGUUGUGACUAGUGUAUUGAUGAGUCGAACGUUUUUGGAAGAAAAAAACCUAGAACAGGUAUGCAUUAUUUUCUCUGAGAGUUAAGUGGAGAAGCUCUGAAUUAACAAAAAAGGAAGAAAUACAAGGAAUUUGAACAUGAUGUUUCUGUUUAAAAAACAGAACAAAAUUAUACAUAAAUAUAUUGAAGGAAAUAAAAGUUGUUAAAGACAAAAUUUACUGAAGAGAAUGCUCUACUUUAAAGUUUGGUUUUCCUUCUAGUAUGUAACCUUAUUGAAUGUGCUAAAGUAAGUAAGUUUAUAUCAAAUAGUCUGAGCUCUAAGCCUAGUAGAUCCAUCUCAAUAGCUUUAUUAUAACAAAACUAAUCUUAUUUAUUGGUAUUGUUUCUUCUGUUGUUAAUCCAUUAUUUCAUAGACAGAUAAUAUAUUUAUGAAACUCAUCUCCAGUUAAACAGUAUUAUUAAGAGAACACUAAGAGUGAAAUACUUCUAAUUCCAAACUAACUUGCAUGGUAGUAUGGGAAAGUCCAAAAAUCACAUGCUAACACGGGGAAUUCCAGAACCACAUGCUAGUAUGGGGAUGUCCAGGAUGUGGGGUUACAAUUUUAAUUAGUUUGCUGAUUGGUAAAUGUGUUGCAAUAUUUUGAUAUUAAACUAAUAAAGUGGAAAUAAUUGUAACUAAUUCUCAUUUGAGUAACUCAGAGGAUGAAAAUAUAAAUAUCAAUGUAUUAAAAACAGCAGUAUAACUACAGAUGUGCAUGAAAGAAACUUUCACUACUAUGGUGCUAAAAUGACCUUGAUAAAAGAAGUCUUAUGUUU